GAGGCUGAGAUGGAGAGAAAAGAGAUAAAGCAGCAGAAGAGAGAGACUGAGUCGGAGGUAGAGACCACCCAAUCUGGUCAACGGGCAGAUGCAGAUAGAGAGAAUACAGAGAUGAGAGAAAGAGAAGAAGUAGAAGAGAGAAUGAAGGAGAGGAACGAGAUCGUUGGGAGACUUGAGACGUCAAAGGCGAAUCCAAGCAGAAACAGCAAGAGGUCAACUAGACAUCAGAAACAGAGAGAGAGUAGACGCAGGAAAGACACCAUGAAAACAGAAGAGGGGAAGAAAGAAAUAGAAAAUGAAAAGGAGGUAGUAAAGAAAACGGAGAAAAUGGAAACGAGGGAAGUAGCAGUUAGAGAAGAAGAAGAGGGGGAAGUGAUAGCAACCGAAAACAAGAUGGAAGAGAAAACAGAGAAAAAGAAACAGAGACAGUCAAGGAAAGGACGAGAGAGACAAGCUGUGAAUAGAGAACAGGCCGAAGAGAAAGAACAGAGGAGUGACAAAGAGGUGCAGACGGAGUUCAAGGCUGCUACUGCUCCUAAUAUUAACACCGAUAAAGUGAAGCUGACACUGAAAGAGCCUCAACAACAUCAAGGCCAGAAAACGGAGGCAGACAGAGACACGUUGAAACAAUGGGACGGGGCAAAGGACAAGACACAAAAGCCAAGUACCAUGACAGGACCUAUGAUAAGAGCAAGGAGGAGUAGCAAAGCUGCAGAGAAGGGGAAAGAGGAGUCGUCGAAAACGGCGAAGAAAGAGACAGAGAAAGAGAAAGAGGAUGAGGCAAAAAGGACAGAAAAGCCCCGUGUUAUCCCAAGUCCUAUGAUAACCACAAGAAGGAAGAGCAAAGCAACAGAGAAGGAGAAGCCGAAAACAGGAAACACAAUGAAUAAAGUGACAUCUGUAGAGACGGAUGAAGAAGAGGACGAGGGAAAAGAGCAAAGAUCUGAAAGGCCCAGUCCUUUAACUCCUGUGACAAGAAAGAAAAUAAAAGAUACAGAAGGGAAAAAAGAAGGGAAGCCAAACACAAAGAAAGAGACAGGUGGUGAGAAAGAGAAACAAAGCGAUGAGGUAGAGGAAAGGACUGAAAACCCCUGUCGCAUGACUAGUACUGCGACAAGCCGUAUGAUAACUAGAGGGAACUGGAGAGCUGAAGAGUGUAAGAAAGAACAGAUUCCAAGCAUGGCUAAAAAAGUGGUCAUGGCUACUACCCCUAAUAUCUACACUGAUAAAGAGAGGAAAGAGGGAGGGAGAGAAGAGAGGGAGGACGUACCAACCUCAGGGAAGGUGACGUUGAAAGAGCUCAGUCCUAUGACAAGAACAAAAUGGGGAAAGAACGACGUCGAGAGGAAAGACGAGGAGCUGAGCACAGCAAAUAUGGAGAUAGAUGGAGAGAUGGAGAAAAAAGGGAGAGAGAAGAUUGCGAAGCCUAGUCUUAGAAGUCCUGUGACUAGAGCAAGAAGGAAGGAUGAACCAAAACCAGCAGAGAAAGAGACAGGAAAACAAGGGAACGAGACAAAGGAGGAGAGGACUGAAAAGUCAUUUCCUAUUCCAAGUCCCAUGACAAGAACGAGGCAUGCUAAAGCCGUAAUGGGCAGGAAGGAGCAGAAGGAAGAGUCCACAAACACUGCAGAGAAGGAGACGGGGAAACAAAGGGACAAGGUAGAAGAGCAAGUCACAGAUAAUCUGAAAAGUAAAACUAGCGAGGGGGAAGGGACUAUCGAGAAUGAUGCAUUCGUAACCAACAGGGGUCUAAACCGUAAAGGAAUGAAAAGGAAAGCGGGAGAGAGUGGUGAUACGGUAGGGAAGGAGGAAAGACAAGUAGUGUUUCAAUCUAAAGAAGGGAGCCAUUUAGGAUUAAAAAAGCUUAAAAGUAAAAACAGGAGAGGACUAACGGAAGAAUCCACCUCCUCCACCAAAGCAAAAAUAGAGAAGGUAGAAACCAAUGCUAAGAUAACGGGAAACAGAGGGACAACAGAAAAAAGAGAGGUAAAGACCAUUCCAGCAUCCAGAACCAAACACAGUGAAGGGAAAAGGGAGAUAGAAACAGUUCUGUCCCCCGUAACUGAAUGGAGGACAGGAAAAACAGAGGGAGGAAAAAGUAAGGGAGAGACCAUUCAUCCUCCCAUCCCAGCCAAGCUCAGUAAAGUGGAGGAGGAUGAACCAACACAGGCAGAGGGUCACACAUCUGACGAGAAGAGAGAGAAAGUGGAGCCCAAGAGAAAGCAAGAGAUGGACAGAGCGAGAGAGAGAUGGAGCCAGAGAGUGGGUAAAAGACAGAGACUGAGUGAGAAGAGAGAGCGGAAGGAUGGGAGAAACAAACUUCAAAGGAAAAAGGCGUCUUUAAAAUAAGGCUAAAAUGAAACAAAAGGAGUCCGAUGUAUAUGU